UAAAAAAAUAUUUUUAAAUGAGGCAAUGGCUAUUUCCACAAAAAUAUUAUCAUCAAAGCAAAUGCAAACAUUGUCGAAAUAAAAGUUUUUGUAAAAGACAUGGAAAUAUUCGUUUAGUUCACAGAGAUGUGUUAGACCCUUGCAUGUGGAUUAAUCGACAUAUUGAGAAUCAUUAUAAACCUUUAGAAUUACCCUGGACUUUGUGUUUAAAAAGUAUUUUCCACUGGAACAAUGAAACUUUAAACAUAUGGACACAUUUAAUUGGAUUUUUUAUUUUAACUUAUCUCCAAUAUUGGACUUUAUUGGAGGCAUUGCCAAGUGUUCAAGCUCCCAUAAUUGAUUAUCUAGUUAUGACUAUGGCAAUGCUUUGUUGCCAACUUUGUAUGUUGCUCUCUUCUGCUUACCAUAUUUUUGGUUGUCACUCUCCCACACGUCGAAAACAAUGGCUUAAAGCUGAUCUUUUUGGAGUUUCUGCUGCUUUAGUUGGUUUAUAUAUGUCUGGAUUGUAUACUUCUUUUUACAAUUUCCCUGAAAUUCGGCGUUUUUAUGGAACUUUAAUUGGAGCAAUGUCUAUAACUACAUCUUUAUUUGCAACUAGUCGAUUUUCUGAAAGAAAUACACAAAAAAGAAUUGGGUUAUUAGAAUUACUUUAUUUGUCAAUGGCUUUAAUAGCUAUGGCGCCAACUUUGCAUUGGAUACAGGCAAAUUAUAAAUAUUUUGAAAAAAUCUUCACGGAGGCCUUUCUAACCCUCACGUUCAACAAUGGCUUCCAAAUCUUUGCAUUUUAUUUAUUUUAUUAGGAGGGGCAUUUGCCUUUUACACAACAUUAUUUCCUGAACGCCUCUUUCCUGGAAAAUUUGAUUUAAUUGGUUGUUCACAUCAAUGGUGGCAUAUUUUUGUACUUGCUGCCAUGGUAUUUUGGAAUUGGUCGGGAAUCCAACUUUUAACUUUUUACCAUUCAACAACAAAUAAUAAUACAUAUAAUAUUU